AUGGAUAACUCCAACUCUGGUGAACUGAACUGGCGGCUCAGUGCCCAUCCCAUCACUCUACUCUGCUACCUAGGCUUCCGAAUAGGAAGCCUGCUGAUGUACCUCUUCGGCGUCCUCUUCAUCAAGAACUUCGUCCUCGUAUUCAUCCUAACCCUCCUCCUCCUCUCCGUCGACUUCUACUACCUCAAAAACAUCGCCGGCCGCCGCCUCGUCGGCCUUCGUUGGUGGAACGAAGUCAACACCUCGACCGGCGACUCACACUGGGUAUUUGAAUCCGCCGAGCCCGGGUCGCGCGUGGUCAAUGCCACGGAUCGAAGAUUCUUCUGGUUGAGCAUGUACGUUGCGCCGGCGCUGUGGGUGGGACUGGCCGUGUUGGCGCUAGUGAGGCUGUUGAAUGCCAUCUGGUUGGUUAUCGUGGCUAUCGCCUUGAUCCUGACAAUUACCAACACGGUGGCAUUUUCGAGAUGUGACAAGUUCAGCCAGGCGUCGAAUAUCGCGAAUAGCGCGUUUAUGGGGACGGGAUUCGCAAGGAACUUGGCCGGGAAUAUGGUCAGUAGGUUAUUCAGAUGA